AUGGCAUUGUUUAAAAUAAAAAGUGCCUUUACCGUAUUGAUAGAAGAUGAUAUCAAUAAAAAUAUAUUACCAUUGUUAAUAGAGUUGCUAGAAAAUACAGAAGGCAUGGUGCAGGUUACAUGUUAUGAGCAGCCAUUACCACUCUGGCAAACUAUUAUACAUGGCAAAAGUAUCAAAUGCCUAAAAGGAUUUGAUAAUGCACCUGUUGAGAAAAGUAUAUGUGUUGUAGACUCAUUAAACCAAAUGGUGCUAGAUCUGGGCUGGAGUGCAAGUUUAAAUAAUAUUAAAAGUCUUCAGACAAACUCAAAUGUAACAAAAUUAAUCUUAAUAUUACACAGAGACUGCCUGUUUCCUAACUCCAAAAUAGAAACACAUCUACAUCACAUAUCAAAUGCUGUAAUAUCAUUUGAUGAAGUAGUGGCAAAUAAAAUUUGGGUUCAAGUGAAAAAGAGUGGUAAAAUAUUUAAAAGUGAAGAAAUCAUGUCAUAUGAUGCUACAACUUCAACAUUUAAAUUGUCUCCUGUAUUAAAAGAGGAUAAUCUAAAAGUCAAUGAAUCUGAAAAAGUUUCACCGGGGAGUCUGACAACAUUCAAAAUAGAGACGGAUCAAAUUCAACAGUUGGAGAAAAACAAAUUAAAACUGCCAUACAUGAAUAAAAUUAAUGAAGGCAAGGGUAAAGUGUUUUAUGAACCAGAUGUUGUUGAUGAUUGGGAUGAUGAAGAUCCAGAUGAAGAUUUAGAUAUAUGA